GUGUUUGGAGGAAGGGGCAGAGGAUUUUAUAGUGAAACCUGUUAAAUGAUCGGACGUGAAACGUUUGAAAGAUAAGUCUUCGAUGAUGAUGAUGUUCAUGUUCUUGUAAAGUCACUGCAGUGGAUGGUGGAAGGAGAGCUCUGCAAUUUCUAGUUUUGGAUGAUGAGGAAAAGAGCUAUGUUGGGUUUGAUGUAAGUGAGAUUAAUUUAUUGUUAUACAAGUUAAAUUUAAGUUGAUUGAUUUAUGAUAAAUUGAUCUUUAAGUUUUGUU